UGUAGGAUUGCCAGAAGGAUAAUACAGUGGAGAAUGCCGCACAUGCAGCCAACCAGGUUUCAAAAUGCAUCAACAAACUUGGGACUAAAGAAGCACUAAUUCCAUUGGGUGAUAUGUCCCCCCAACCACCGACAUUGGUGGUUGAGAGGCUUUCAGAUGUUAAGAUCACUAGUCCAACAAGUUUUGGUGUUAGGCAAAGUCAGUUAGCCAAGAAUGCAGACGCUCUAUACAACAAUAUGCUCGCGCCUGUUGUGAAUCGGCAACAUCAAACCGCUACAAGUGCUGAAGAUAUCACCUACAUGCCAAUGAAAACCACGGAGCAUAUUAUCAUCGAUGAAAUUGAGAAGGAACUAGAUAACAACUAUGAUGCAAAAGAUGACUUGAUAAUAGUCAAGGAGAAGAAGCUUUUGACCCUCCCCUUUGAGCAAAACACAAGGUUCCCUGUUUCCGAGGAAGAGUGCAAGAACUAUAACACAAUAAUUGAACUAGCAUACACUAAAGGUGUUCAAAAGUAUGUUUUCUCAAUCCCCUUUUUAGUUUUUCCUUUGUUGGCAUAUUUUUCUCUUCAUUGUUUUAAUUGUAAUUUUCUAAUUCUCUUACUUUUCUUUCUGUAA